AUGGACGACGCGGCGGCGAGUAGCUUGCUGGAGAUCGUGCCGUCGCAGCGCGGGCAGAAGCACGGUCGCGGUGCUUCAAGCAAUGACGACGGCGCGGGCGAGGCUCGCGGCGCGCCCCGACGCAUCGGCAUCGACCCGGGCGCGCCUUCCGCGCGGCAACUGAUCGACUUUUUCUCUAUCGCCCCGGACGACAACGACGACGACCUGCGCUUGGUCCCCGGCGAGCGCGGCGCGACGACGGGUGCAUCCACGGCCGAUCAAGAACCCGAUACGACGCUGAGGUUGGGCUUGGGUGAAGACGACAGCCGCAAGGCGCACAACAAGUCCAUCGGAACGUGGAUGGGUGUGGGGCUGGAUGCUUUGGCAGACGACCGGCUUCCGCCGGAGUCCAGGGAGGAUGCCGUCGGGUUUACGGACGUUGCGACCGGUCCUUUCCACGGAUUGGACCUGAACCAGCUUGACGCCUCGCCGGCAGACCAUGCAACCGCUACCUCCAGCGGAUUGGACCUGAACCAGCUUGACGCCUCGCCGGCAGACCAUGCAACCACUACCUCCAGCGGAUUGGACCUGAACCAGCCUGACGCGUCGCCGGCAGACCAUGCAACCACUAUCUCCAGCGGAUUGGACCUGAACCAGCCUGACGCGUCGCCGGCAGACCAUGCAACCACUAUCUCCAGCGGGUUGGACUUGAACAGGGCUGGACCUGAACCAGCGACGCCUCGCCGGCAGACCAUGCAACCGCUACGUAGCUCCAGCAGGUUGGACCUGAACCAGCCUGAAAAUUUCACAGAUUUUGGAAAAGAAUAA